AAGAGCUGAGAGACUGACAUCAAGAACUGAGCUGAUCUUUUGAAUAAAAUGAUGUGGAUUUUAAUUCUCCUCAUUUGUUCCAUUCCCGUUUCAUCAUUUCUGUGGACAAACACGAAAGUAACAGGAAUUGUGGGAAGAUCAAUCACAAUAAAUUGUCGAUACAACUCACGGUUCAAGCCCAACAUGAAAUUCUGGUGUCAUGGUUGGACUAGACAUUGCUCAUAUUUAGUGAGAACAACUGAUCCAGGCGGACAGCGAGGAAGAAUAUCAAUCAAGGAUUACAAGGCACAAAGAGUAUUUGUUGUGACCAUGGAGGAUCUUCGCAGGGAAGAUGCAGGAUGGUACAGCUGUGGUAUUGAUAAACAAGAUAGUGAUGAAUUACGUACUGUAAAGCUUGAAGUAUCUGAUGAACCUGUGUCUGUCCCUGUAAUUCGAUUUUUAACACCAAAUAUCUGGUGUUUUGAGAAUCUAGUUUCUGUCUCCUGUGAGUCUGUCCAGGGAUCCUUUCCCAUUCGGUACACAUGGUACGAAAAGACCCAGUCUGUAGGUUCAAAGAUUUCUGAGAACAAUACACUGGAUCUACAUUGUCAAUUAUUCAAACAGCAAGAUCAUCAAUAUUACUGCAUAGCCUCAAACACUCAGGGAGAAAAAUCCAGUGAAAUGGUUAAAGUGACAAUCGUCCACAGAUCAGAGAGGAACUGCAUUUUCCUGGCACAGAUUGGGAACCGAGAUCCUGUGUCUCUUCCUGAACUUAGAUUUUUAUCAUCUCCAUCAAAUGCCUCAUGUUUUGGGAGCUCAGUGUCAAUCUUCUGUGAACGUGUCCAGGGAUCCCUCCCCAUUCACUACACAUGGUAUGAAAGGACCCCAUCUCAAGAUUCAAAGAUCUCUAACACCAGUAAACUGGAUCUACAUUGUCAAUCCUUCACACAGCAACAUCAUCAAUAUUACUGCACAGCCUCAAAUACUCAGGGAACAAAACCCAGUGAAAUGGUUAAUGUGUCAGUCACACACAGACCAGGGGAGAACUGCAGUUAUGUGGCACAAAUCAGCACCAGUGGAGCUGAUGACUGUUAUAAAAUUUCAACAGUAUCAUCGACAACUACAAAUUCAAACAUCACAUCUCAACUUGAUAUAAGUUACGUUGUCUGGGAUGUGAUACGCUGGGUAUUCUUCACUCUCCUGGUGAUUUGUUCUGUUUCAGUCACAAUGUUUCCACAAAAACAUUAGGUGAGCAUCAUGGCCUUUACAAGGAUGAUUUUGAGCACUCUAAGUUCCCCAUCAAUGAGGUGGCCCUGCGUGGAGGGAGUUCGAAGCAGGAUACACAGAUUGAGAAGAAUGGGUUGACCAUUUGGGACUGAGAUGAGCAGGAAUUUCUUCACUCAGAGGGUGAUUGUUUGUUGGAAUUCUCUGCCCCAGAGAGCUCUGGAAGCUCCAGCCUUGAUUAUAUUCAAAACAGUGAUCAGUAAUAAAGUUAGGGAGGGACAUGGGGUAAGUGCAAGAAAAGUGGUACUCAGGCAGAAGAUCUGCUUUGAUCCAUGUGAAUGCUGACGGAGCCUAGAGGGGCAGAAUGGCCUACUCUGGUCCUGCCUCAUCUCUCUCCAUGGUGACCUCAUGCUGUUAAACGCUGUCAUUGUACCAGCCUCCACCACUUCCUCUGGCAGAUCAUUUCAUAAAUGCACAUCCUCUGCAUGAAAAUGUUACUCCUCAGGUAAUUUUGAAAUAAUUUCCUUCUCACCUUCAACCUCUGCCCUCUAGGUCUGGACACUCCCAGAAAUGAAAAAGACCUUGGCUCUUCGCCCUGUCCAUGCCCUCAUUUAAAUCUCACUGGAUAACAUAGUCAUGUGUUCUAAUCUGGAACAAAAACAAUGUAAAUGUUGUUGGGUAGAGAGACAAGAGAGCUAGUGUGUAAAUGUUUGAUUGGACGAAACCUUGUUAUCUGUUAAAAUAUUAAGAUACAUUUGUUGCUAUUCGAAUGAAUUGAUCUGGUCAGCAUUUGUUGGUAUGUACAGCUCCCAUGCAGACAUUAAUAAUCAUUUAAACACAGAAACCUGAGUCUUGUCUGAUAUAAAGAGGAAACACAGCAUUGAAUCCCCCUUUCUGGGGCUCUCAUAGAACAUAGAAGGCGUCAGAGAACAACAGGAGGUGGGGUUAUCCCAGGUCACUGUCACUUUGUCAUUCACAUAGGGAGGGUUAGGGCCAAUAAGGGCUUUGUAAUUCUCAAAGACAUGAGCUCUGAUGGGAAAUUAGGGACAUAAUGUCAAUAGAGCGAGAAUUAACAGAAACAGUGAGAUGACAAAAGAUCAUUGGAUCCACAGGGACAGCAACAAUAAAGAGAGGAAGAAGGAUCAUUCUGCACCACAGAUAGAGUCUGUUGUUAAUUCACAGGAAAGACACACUCUGUAUCUGCAGGAUAUGGAACGCUUUAUUGAAACUACUAAUAGUUCUGAAGGAUAAUCAAUGGACCCAAAACAGUAAUUCUGCUUUCUCUCCACAGACAUUGCCAGACCUGCUGUGUUUCUCCAGCAAUUUCUGUUUUUGUUACAAAAACACUCAGUUGACACUUCACCAAUCCUGACCCAGUCACUGUACAAUAAGUGUGUAAAAUGACAGACACCCAAUUACAGUGUGGGGGUGGAGACAGUAAUUCAUAUUUUGGGAGGGGAAGGGGAGCUGCAUUAAAAUUCAAUGAAUUUGAAACCUAUUCAGGGCAAUUGCAUCCACCGUGCAUCCACUGAUUCAGUCCUACCACUGCCAUCAACUUACACUUCAACAACAGGUCACUCAUUCUCCAAAAAUAAACAUUAGAGGAGAUGGCCUCAAGCAAUUAUUGCCAACAACGUUGUUCACCCUCAGGGUCUUAUUAACGAGGCGAAUGUAAUCAGACAAGUACAUUUUAAAGGGCCACUUGGGUUUGGUAUUUCUGUACUGCACUGCAUGGCAAACAGUGGAAGACAGCAAUCCUCAGUUACAAUGGCCAUACACUGAAUUGUCAGUCUGUGAGGAGAUAAUCUGCAAUGUCUAAGGCUCCUAAAUUCCUACCCGCACAAUAAAACCAGUCUGACUCCAGGUUGGGACACACUCUAACCUCAUCCCUAUAAUACAUUGUCUGAGCUGAGAUAUCAUUUCUUUAUUUACUGAUAAGUCCUUAAGAUAUAUCAGGG